AGAGCAUUGCGCCCAUGAGGCUGGUGCUGUUCACGGACGCCGUGCAGCACGUGUGUCGCAUCGCCCGCAUCCUGCGACAGCCGCAAGGCAACGCGCUCCUGCUCGGCAUGGGCGGCUCGGGACGGCAAAGCCUGACACGGCUCGCCGCCUUCGCCUUGGACUUGACGUGCUUCCAAGUUGUGCUGAGCCGAGCCUACGGGCUGCCCGAGUGGCGCGAGGACCUGAAGCAUCUGCUGCUCAAAGCCGGGCUGUACAUGAAGGAGACGGUGUUCCUCUUCUCUGACACUCAGAUAAAAUCAGAAUCUUUCCUGGAGGACAUCAACAGUGUGCUCAGCUCGGGUGACGUGCCAAACAUCUACGAGGCCGAAGAGUUGGACAAGAUUUAUCAGUUGAUGCGAGGCGUGGUGACGGAGCAGGGCCUGCAAGCCACGCGUUCCAACAUGUUCUCAGCCUUCCAGCGGACGGUCAAGUCCAACUUGCAUUGCAUCAUUACGAUGAGCCCAAUCGGAGAUGUGUUCAGGGCACGGCUGCGGAUGUUCCCAGCAUUGGUUAACUGCUGCACAAUUGACUGGUUCAGCACGUGGCCCGCCUCUGCUCUUAAGUCUGUAGCGACCCGUUUCCUCAGCGACAUCCCCGGCAUCGAGGUGUCGGGUGCGGUGCGCGACGGAAUGGUGGCCGUGUGCCAGGACAUGCACACCAGCGUGGUGACGGCCAGCGAGGUCUUCGUUCGGGAACUGUCGAGGCAUUACUACGUGACCCCAACCUCCUACUUGGAGCUGCUGACGAGCUACUCGGAACUGCUGGUGAAGAAGCGAGCCGAGAUGGACCAGGCUAUCCUCAGGCUCCGCAAAGGUCUCGGCAAGCUACAGAAAACGGGCGAAGAGGUGGCGGAACUGCAGCAAGAUCUGGCGGCUAUGCGGCCUGCACUGCUCAAAGCCCAGCAGGAGACCAUCGUAAUGUUGGACAAGAUUGCCGCAGACACGGGGCGGGUGGAGCGCGCCAAACAGGAGGCAGAGCGGGAGGAGAAGACAGCGAGUGAAAAGAGCGCCGUGUGCGCUGCCAUCGCCCAGGACGCCGAGGACGACCUGGCCGAGGCGAUGCCCGCGCUGCUGGAGGCGGAAAAGAGCCUGAAGGCGCUCAACAAGAACGACAUCAGCGAGGUGCGCGCGCUCAAGAAACCGCCUGCCGGCGUCGUCCUGGUCAUCGAGGCCAUCUGCAUCGCCAUGGGCGUUGCCCCGAAUAGGGUCCCUGGCGAGAAAAUUGGAGAGAAGGUCAACGACUUCUGGACGCCGGGCACCGCGCUCCUCGUCAAUCCCGAUCACUUCCUUAAUUCGCUUGUCACCUACGACAAGGAAAACAUGACGGAGGACAUUGUCAAGAAGCUGAAACCCUACAUCGAGAAUCCGCAGUUUCAGCCAAACUUUGUCGUCAAGGUGUCCAAGGCGUGCGGGUCGCUGUGCGUGUGGACUCACGCCAUCUACAAAUUCUACUUCGUGUACCAGAACGUGAGGCCCAAGAAAGAGAAGUUGGCCGAGGCCAACAGGGAGCUCGACAUUACAAAGCAGGCACUCAAAGCCACGCGAGACCGGAUGGCAGAGAUCAUGGCGGGGCUGGAGGCGCUGCAGCAGGAGCUGCGCGUGACGGAGGAGGAGAAGGCCGAGCUGGAGGCGCGCGCGCAGCUGUGCGAGGACCGCAUGGACCGCGCCCGCCGCCUGCUGGGCGGCGUGGCCUCGGAGCAGGGCCGCUGGGUGUCCACGGUGCGCGAGCUCGAGAGCGGCAAGGAGGCCCUGCUGGGGGACAUCCUCGUCAGCGCGGGUCAGUCCAGCCGCGACAAGCGGCGCCCAGUGUAA